UGUUCGUUGUGUACCCAGAAGUCCUCUCCACCAUGCCUGUCUUUCAGCUGUGGGCCCCUCUGUUCUUCUUUAUGCUUCUCUGUCUGGGACUGGACAGCCAGUUCGCUACAGUUGAGGUGGCAAUAACCUUCAUAAAAGAUGAGUUUGGGCCCCAAGUUCUGCGCUUCUUAAAGAGAGAGGAGCUGCUCACCAUGGUCAUGUGCAUCAUUGGCUUCAUCCUGGGAAUUCCUCAUGUAACCAAGGGAGGCAUCUAUGUGUUUCAACUGAUGGACCACUACACUGCUGUGGUCUCACUUGUGUUCCUGGCUUUCUUCGAAGUUGUUGCUGUAUGCUGGAUCUUUGGUGUUCCACGGCUUUCCUUCAUGGUCAAGAGGAUGCAAGGAAAAAAUCCAAACAUCUAUUUUCGAGUGUGUUGGCUGCUUCUCUCUCCUCUAUUGGUGCUGUGCAUACUGAUCUCCAGCAUCGUCUACUACACCCCCGCUCACUACGGGGAGUACUCGUACCCAGGCUGGGCCGAAGGUGUGGGCUGGUGCGUCUCCCUGGUCUCCAUCGUCUGGAUCCCACUCGGAGCCAUUCAAGAGAUCAAUAGACACAAAGGAUCACUUCUCCUGAGACUUAAAACAGCCAUGAUUCCCACAAUCGACCUGAAUGCUGACGGGUCUCUGCCGGAUCAAAACCUAGAGAACCCAGCGCUGGAAACCAUGUUGACUUUAGUGGCCUGACAAGUUGUGAGUCUCCUGUGAAAGGGUUCAAAUCAGAGAGACUGUUGAG